AUGAAUGAAACGACGUGGAGCAAUCUGAACCGCUCGAUUGUUUUAACUUCUACCAUCGUUCAUCGAGGGACAACCAGUCGAAUACCAUAUCGUGAACAAGUCCUUAUUGACGCAUUUAACACAUAUAUUCAAAUUGGCAUUGGCAGUUUAUUAUUUCUAUUUGGGCUGACAUUCAAUUGUUUAAGUUUAUUAUAUUUUCGUGCGUCGCGCAGCUUCCGUCACACUACGUUUCAGCUCUAUUUCUCGAUUAUUUGCAUUCUUGAUACUGUUCGAUUAUUCGAAUUCUUCAUUUUUGUCCUUUUCGACAAAGGUUAUCUUCGAGUAACCCUGCAAUUAUGUCGAUGGGUAUUCUUUACGAUCAUGUUUACAGGACAGGCGAGUAUAUGGCUAACAGUUGCAUUAGCUGUUGAAAAAUGUAUUAUUAUUUGGUUUCCUAUCAAAGGUCGUCUGCGUUUCACCACUCUGAUCUCAAAAAUCGUCUUAGUCGUUGUUUUACUGCUUGUCCUUUUUGCUAAUGUUAUUUAUUUAUUACCAACUUUCUUCUUACAUGCCUAUGCGAAUGUGUCAAUUCAUACAUUCAUGUGUUUAUGGCAAACGAAUGCUCAGUCAUCAAAAACGAAGCUUGAUCAAUGGAAAAAACAUUAUUUCACGUUCAAUACCAUAUUUUUUCAUUCGAUAAUUCCUUCUAUUCUCUUACUUAUCAUAAAUUGGUUGAUUCUGUAUAGUUUAUCACGACAACGUAGUGUUCUAUCCAAAAUUGGAUCAAUUGAUGCACGAAAUGUAAUCAAACGAGAAAAACAAUUCAAAGAGAAAACGAUUCAACUCGUUCUUUCAUCAUUUUUUGUUAUUUUUACCAUAUCUCCAAGAUAUAUUCUCACUAUGGUCAAUGCAUUUGCCACGAAUAUUAGUAAAACACCUUUAAUGCCUCUAUACAUUUACGUUAACUUGAACACCGUCUUCCGUGUAUUAGAAAUGAGCAACUAUUCGUUAAAUUUGAUGUUUGCUAUUAUGAGCGGUCGAACAUCGCGACGAGAAAUACGUAAACUACUAGGGGAAUGUUUCUUUUGGCGAUUUCAACGAACAAGAUCAUGUCGUCAAGGCUCGAAAUUUCAAACAAAUUCAUUUUUAUACGAUGAUGAGGAUGAAACCGAACAUUCAAUCGCAACGACAGCAGCAUCGCCUUACUGUGGUUUGGGCAUUCAUUCACAAAAUCGUUCAAAUCAUUUAGCUCAACAGAACAGCAGUAUUAAUUACUCAAUUAAUCCCUUGCGCAAACCGACGUUUUUUACCUGUUGUGGUUUUACCAUUAAUCUCUCCACAAAACAUUCAUUGUGUUCAUCGAAUGUCGAUUUAACAUCGCGUCGUUCAACCGUAUGUAAAUCAGCAACUAACACAGUUAUUAACAAUAACAAUACUUACAAUUCUCCUCGAAAAUCUCGUACGUGUUCGCAUUCACCAAGAUCGUCCACAACAUUUGAACGACGUCUUCAUCGACAGCACACAGUCUGUUAUACACCCAGUAUCGACAACAAUCGAUCGAUAAUUCGACCACGUUCGGCAACUAUUGUACAUUGUUUUCGUCACUUACCAUCAUCAACAUUGACAGCAAUUGUCAAUCCAUCUUUAUCCUUAAACACCGAUUCACCCUCAAUACGUCGAACAGUAUCAAAAACUUCGGAAUUUUCGACGAGACGCAACUCGGAUUUCCCCUUGUCAACGACCGAUGUGCGCAAUGUAAAGAUAACCUUAACAAAAGAUAUAAAAGAAUCUCCUGAAUUUGUACAAAACUCUAUCGAGGAAGAACAAUCGCCAGCAUAUAUUGUUGAGACAUGUUAG